AUGCUGUGGUUCGACGGUGCCCUGGACGCGCCACGAUCGGCUAGGUUUGGUCAAGGUUCUGGUGAUAUUCUUGGUGUCAACUGCUGGGGAACAGAAGACAGCCUGUUAGACUGUCACACCCAUCCGAAUCCAUUUCAAGUUUGUCUUGUCGGUGGGUCUAACGAUGCUGAAGGAAGAGUAGAGGUACUGAACGAUGGAUCCUGGGGAACUAUCUGUGACAACAGCUGGGAAUUGAGAGACGCGAGGGUAGUUUGCAGAAUGAUGGGGUUUAAUGGAGCCUUGGACGCACCGACAACUGCUAGUUUUGGUCAGGGCUCUGGUCGUAUUCUACUAAAUUAUGUCAGCUGUGAGGGAUCUGAAGACAACCUAGCAGAAUGUGCUCAUGCAGGAAUUGGACUUAACCCAUGCAGUCAUACAAAGGAUGCAGGAGCCAUUUGCUACUCAGGAACCAAUCCAACCCCAUUUGAUGUUCAUCUGAUUGGUGGAUCAAAUGAAGCUGAAGGCAGAGUAGAAGUAUUGUACGAUGGAUUAUUGGGAACUAUAUGUGAUGACAGUUGGGAUCUAAGAGACGCAAGAGUAGUUUGCAGAAUGCUGGGGUUUGAUGGAGCCUUGGAAGCACCGAGAUCUGCUAGGUUUGGUCAGGGCUCUGGUCGUAUUCUGCUAACGGAUGUCAUUUGUGAGGGAACAGAAGACAACCUGGCAGACUGUGCUCACCGAGGAGUUGGAGAUUAUACUUCAUGCAGUCAUGCCAAGGAUGCAGGCGUCAUUUGUUAUUCUGGAGCACAUCCUCAGCCAUUUCAAGUUCGUCUGAUUGGAGGGUCUAACGAUGCUGAAGGAAGAGUAGAGGUCACACACGAUGGAUCCUGGGGAACUAUCUGUCAUUUAGGCUGGGAUCUGAGAGACGCGAGGGUGGUUUGUAGAAUGCUGGGGUUUGAUGGAGCCUUGGAAGCACCGAGAUCUGCUAGGUUUGAUCAGGGCUCUGGUCGUAUUCUUCUAAAGAAUGUCAACUGUGAGGGAACAGAAGACAACCUGGCAGACUGCGCUCAUGGGGGAGUUGGAGAUUAUACUUCAUGCAGUCAUGCCAGGGAUGCAGGCGUCAUUUGUUAUUCUGGAGCCCAUCCUCAGCCAUUUCAAGUUCGUCUGAUUGCUGGGUCUAACGAUGCUGAAGGCAGAGUAAAGGUUAUGCAUGAAGGAUCCUGGGGAACUAUCUGUCAUUUAGGCUGGGAUCUGAGAGACGCGAGGGUGGUUUGUAGAAUGCUGGGGUUUGAUGGAGCCUUGGAAGCACCGAGAUCUGCUAGGUUUGGUCAGGACUCUGGUCGUAUUCUGCUAAAGGAUGUCAACUGUGAGGGAACAGAGGGCAACCUGGCAGACUGUGCUCAUCGAGGAGUUGGAGAUUAUACUUCAUGCGGUCAUGUCAGGGAUGCAGGCAUCAUUUGUUAUUCUGGAGCAUUCGCAAAAUUUGAAAAAAGGUCAACUAGUAUAAAAAUACUUUUCUCCUCAGCCCAUCCCCAGCCAUUUCAAGUUCGUCUGAUUGGAGGGUCUAACAAUGCUGAAGGAAGAGUAGAGGUCACGCAUGAAGGAUCCAGGGGAACUAUCUGUAAUUUAGGCUGGGAUGUGAGAGACGCGAGGGUGGUUUGCAGAAUGAUUGGAUUCGAUGGGGCCUUGGAAGCACAGGGGUCUGCUAGGUUUGGUCAAGGCUCUGGUCGUAUUCUUCUAUUUAAUGUCGGUUGCGAUGGAACAGAAGAAAACCUUGCAGACUGCGCUCAUACAGAGAUUCAACUAAACACAACAGAACCAUUUCAAGUUCGUCUUACCAAUGGAACCACCGAUUCAGAGGGCAGGGUGAAGGUUUUGUAUAAGGGAAGCUGGGGAACUAUUUGCGAUGAUAGCUGGGAUCUAAGAGACGCAAGAGUAGUUUGUAAAAUGCUUGGAUUUGACGGAGCUUUAGCCGCACCUGGUAGUGCUACGUUUGGUGCCGGAAGCGGUAAAAUCUUGUUUGAUGACGUUGGAUGCAAGGGCACAGAAGACACCCUUGCUGAGUGCUACCAUCGAGGGUUUGGAGUCAACAACUGUGAACAUGAUAGUGAUGCUGGUGUCAUUUGUUUUAUAGAAGAUCCAUUUCAAGUUCGUCUUGUCGAUGGAUCUAACGAUGCUGAAGGAAGAGUAGAGGUACUGCACGAUGGAUCCUGGGGAACUAUCUGUGAUGACUGGUGGGAUCUAAAAGACGCGAGGGUGGUUUGCAGAAUGCUAGGGUUUAACGACGCAUUGGCUGCACCUAUUUCUGCAAGGUUUGGUCAAGGACCUGGCCAAAGUCUUCUGACAUAUGUUCGUUGUAAGGGAACAGAAGAUCACUUGGCAGCUUGUUUUCACGCAGGUGUAGGAAGUUCUCAUUGUAGUCAUGGUAGUGAUGCUGGCGCCUCUUGCUCCGUGGGAGGUAAGCUUUUCAAAUUUCAACUUGAUAAUGGAGCCGAUGGAUAUGAAGGAAGAGUUGAGAUACUACACGAAGGGUCUUGGGGAACUGUUUGCGACGAUUCAUGGGACCUGAACGACGCUAAAGUUGUGUGUCGACAGUUAGGAUUUGAUGGGGCUUUAGCUGCUCUACCCCAAGCAAGAUUUGGUCAGGGUUCUGGUGAUAUCUUUCUGGAUGGUGUUCAGUGCAAUGGAACAGAAACCAACCUCAAAGACUGCAAGCAUAAGGGGAUAGCAAUGGUAAUAUGUAGAAUGCUGGGGUUCGACGGUGCCCUGGCCGCGCCACGAUCGGCCAGGUUUGGUCAGGGUUCUGGUGAUGUUCUUCGUGUCAUUUGCUGGGGAACAGAAGGCAGCCUGGCCGACUGUUUAGGUGUGUGGCCUGACUCUUCCUGUGGGCAUCAUAAGGAUGUGGGCGCCGUGUGUUACUCAGGAGAUCCAUUCCAAGUUCGUCUUGUCGGUGGGUCUAACAGCGCUGAAGGCAGAGUAGAGGUACUGUACGAUGGCUCGUGGGGAGAUAUCUGUGAUGACAGUUGGGAUCUGAGAGACGCGAGGGUGGUUUGUAAAAUGCUGGGAUUUGAUGGAGCCUUAGCCGCACCGGGAUCUGCUAGGUUUGGUCAGGGAUCUGGUCCUAUUCUUCUAACUCGUCUUGCGUGUAAGGGAACAGAAGACAACCUGGCAGACUGUGCUCAUGCAGGGAUUGGAAAUUAUACUUCAUGCGGACAUGCCAGGGAUGCAGGCGUCAUUUGUUAUUCCGGAGUUCGUCUUGUCGGUGGGUCUAACGAUGCUGAAGGCAGAGUAGAGGUCAUGCAUAAUGGAUCCUGGGGAACUAUCUGUGAUGACAGCUGGGAUCUGAGAGACGCGAGGGUGGUUUGCAGAAUGCUGGGGUUUGAUGGAGCCUUGGACGCACCGGGAUCUGCUAGGUUUGGUCAAGGUUCAGGGGAUAUUCUUCUAGAUGAUGUUUGGUGUUCGGGUACAGAAGAAAACCUAGCAGAAUGUCCACAUAGAGGGGUUGGAGUUCAUAACUGUGGACACAACGAAGAUGCUGGUGCCAUUUGUUAUUUAGGGACCCAUCCACAGCCAUUUCAAGUUCGUCUUGUCGGUGGGUCUAACAAUGCUGAAGGCAGAGUAGAGGUAAUGCAUGAUGGAUCCUGGGGAACUAUCUGUGAUACUUGGUGGGAUCUGAGAGACACGCGGGUGGUUUGCAGAAUGCUUGGGUUUGAUGGAGCCUUAGCCGCAGCGGGAUCUGCUAGGUUCGGUCGGGGCUCUGGCCGUAUUCUUCUAGCUUAUGUCGGGUCCCAUCCGAAUCCAUUUCAAGUUCGUCUAUUCGGUGGAUCUAAUGACGCUGAAGGCACAGUAGAGGUCAUGCAUGAUGGAUCUUGGGGAACUAUUUGUGAUUAUUCAUGGGACCUGAGAGACGCCAGGGUAGUUUGCAGAAUGCUUGGGUUUGAUGGAUCUUUGGACGCACCGAGAUCUGCUAGGUUUGGUCAGGGCUCUAGUCAGAUUCUUCUAUCAUAUGUCGAGUGUGAGGGAACAGAAGACAACUUAGCUGACUGUGCUCAUGUAGGGAUUGAACGUUACUCAUGCAUUCAUACAAGGGAUGCAGGAGCCAUUUGCUACUCAGGAGCCGUCCAUCCUUCCGCGUCAAAUGUGCGCGGCUUAGACAAUGGUUACGCCGCCGUGCGCGCAGGGUUGGUUCUCCGACCAGGCGGAUACAAUAUGACAUCCAAAAAUCAGGGGAAGUGA